GCAGCUAUGGCCUCGAUUACAGCACCAACAUCGAUAGCAGACCCCGCACCAGAUGAGAACACAGACCCGUUGGCCGCGGAGAACAGUGCGCAUUCCUCACCUCAAAAGCGCGUCUGUCCCGCUGCGUCGAGCCUGAGGUCACCUCUGGUUUGCGAACGGUUCCUAUGUGAAACGACAAUGUCUGUAACACCACAGCCUCGGACGCCUACUGGAGGGUAUAGAAUGGGCGUUAGAGUUCGAAACAGCCCAUUGCCAACCAAUUUGGAAGUAGGGAAGAACACCUUUCGCCCUCCAAUGAAUUGUUCAUCGAGUAGGAUCUCGCCAAAGAAGGAUGCAACUGGGGCCAGGGAUAGCACGGCGGAGAACGCAAAAGAAGUGACGACACCCACGAAAAUACGGUCAACCAGUCCCUUGAAAAUGAUGAUCUCCAUGAAGCCGAGCCCUGCGAGAGCCGCUGUCAGUACGCCACCAAAAGCCACCGCCCCAAAGCACGAGUUUCGAACCGGAUCUCCAACAAAAAAGCCGUCGAGUCCCUCGAAAAACCGGAGCGCUAGAAAGCAGGAUUCCGAUAAGUCCUUGUUCAAGACUCCCUUGGAAAAGGGUAGACCGGAAACACCCAACCACGAACGGCCUUGCAGUCCAGUGAAGCGAACGAUUGAGCUAGACUCGCCCUCCUCAUCUGUUGAUAUGAGCCCGGAUCUGGCCAGAAAUCUAGUAUCACAUACCAACCAUUUGCUCCGGAUGCUCUCAGGGUGUCUAGCAGACGCUACCAUGGACGACGAUUCAGCAGCGAUACCCGUUAGACGAGCUAUCCCCAACCCGAGCGAAUACUUUACACCAAUCAAAAAAACACGACAGCCGGUGAACUUGCAGCCGAAAAACAUUGGUGGUCUCACGGCGAAACUUGGAAGCAACAAUACUAGUCCGGCUUUCGAAUGGCCAUUUUCCCCGGGCGAGGAAAGAAAUCUUGCUUCGCCUACGCUUACCCCGUUACGCAAGGCUUCUGAAAAGCUUCAGCUGGUGGGGUCAGGUUCUUACAAGAGGAUGUCAGGAGAUGGUGCUCCAUGUGCAUCGGAUGUGGCUGCUAGACUUAACUUUGAGAAGGAGUUGUCUUCAAUUCUGCCUUUCCAGGGACUAGAGCAGGUUGUCAACAUGUCAACCGAGGUGCAACCCCCUCAAAUUUUAUCAGAGUCUGGUAUAAAGUGUUUCGCCGACAAGACACAAGAAGCGCAGACAUCUCAAUACUCGUCUUCAUAUUGUCCGAAUACGAAACGACAACGCGAUACAAGGGCGGAUUCGGGGAAGCAAGUUGAUUGGGGUGAUGCAAACGAGGAUACCUUGGAGAAGUCCGAUACACAAACUGCUGGCCGGGACGAACUCGUAGAGAUGAGUCUCGGAAUAUCAUUGGAUCUGGAGAAAGAUACGGACAACGCAAAGACAACUCCUUCGGAGAUUUCAACCCCAGCACUUUACGAACCUGUCAACUUGAGCGAGGUACUGCCGAUACCGAACAGCGACUCCACCAGAGACCGACAAGACUCGAGUAGCUCAGGUACAGUUGGAAAGUCAGCAACACUCGAAAAGUUCAACUACAACAUGUCGUCUCUACCAAGAAUUAAGACGAACUCUCCAAACAAAGUGGCCUCGACAAAGCUCCCUAGCAAGUCCACGAUACCGCGGUGUCAGUCUAGCGGGUACCUAUCAGCCCAAAAAAAAGACAAUCGUCCCGCCACAACCGAGUCACCAAACUCCAAAGCCAUAAACAUGAACAAGACAAAAGGCCCAGCAAACACAAUAUCCCAAAAACCCACCAAAUCCAUUACCACACCCAUCAAAACCGCCUCAACCCUUCCCCGCCUCACCCGCACCUCAACCAAGCAACCUAGUAGCCGCCUUCCCGCCACAUCAACCUGGAAGCUCGAAAGCCCCUUCGCAACCCCUCCCCCGCCCAAACGCCCCCUCUCCCUCCACAUCCCCCCCAAACUCGCCUCUAUCCCAACUUUGAAACAAAAACCCUCAACCCCCAAGCCCCCACGCCCUCUCUCCCUAGUAUCGCCCCGGAAAACACCACUGCAAUCAACUCGCCCGAAUACCACCACCGCCGCCACUCUACCCAGACGCUCACCCACGAAAUUUGAAAAGGCAGAGUCUCCUCCAUCGCCCCCGAAAAAACUAGAAGCACCACAGGAAUCAACAACCCCCUCCACAACCCCGCCUACCCUCCUCCUCCUCCCCGCCCCAACACCACCCCCCUUCCCCUCCCUACCCGCAGUCUUGACCCAAAACGUAUCUCCAACGCGUCCUCCCCGGCGUCGCCAACGCCGUCCGGCUGCGCUAUUCAUCCCUGUUCCUGCGCCCGCCCCCACGCUUUCACCCGCUGCAGAUGCUGCAUCGACGUAUCUGGCUCCGCAAGACAUCGACCGCAACGCCCUCCGCACACCCAGCAAGACCAUUGUACACAGCCUUGACAAGGCGAUUGAUGAGAAGAUUGCCGAAGAUGCGGCGAGGGGGGUUGUAGUUACGGCGGGGGGGAAUCGGGUUAGGGAUUUGUUGGAGGCGAGGAAGAUACGGGGAUAUGAGGGAUAG